AUGGGCAUGUCAAGGAUGCAAGAACAACUUUGCUGUCAUUCCAUCCCUGGAAAAGCUUCAAAUGCCUUUAAAGAAAAGGAUGCAAAACCCCAACUCAACCCAGAGAAAAUUAAGAGUAUAUGUGAGCAUCAUUUCAAUGCACAUGGUUGAGAUGCCGAAACAUUGAUUCAAAGAAGCCGUCAAUGCUGGCUGCUCUGGAAAAGAACAAGAACAAAGAUGUCCAACACAUUAUUGGUCUGUUAGAGGAUUGUCACCCGAACAAGAAAAAGGAUGACAGUGGUGUUGAAAUUUUGACUAUUGUCAAAAAAAGCACAUCCCCGAAGGUGCUAUUAACUGGAUCUCUUGGUGACAUUCACUAGACCUUGUGGCUGAAGGCAUGGUAGCAAUAAAGUUUAAGCAGUUUUCCAUCUUAAAUGAAGUUAUGUGUUUGCUGACUGCAUUGUAUGUAUCCAACGCAGAGAACCCUAAAGCUGGAGAUGCCAAUACUCGAUCAUAAUCACUUGGCAAGUGAACGGGAGUGGGGAAGAGCGUUGACUGUUCUUACCGCUAUUACUCAUGGUUAUGUCUGGCAAAAUGGGCAAAACAAUCCACCAAAGAUUAUUCCAAAGUGUUUAUCAAUACCAUUGGUGGCGGCUGCAAAUCAUAUUGGUGUGUAUCCUGUUGCUUGCGUCUGGUCAUCUCUGAUCAAUAACUGGAAAAUUAAAGAUGAAACAAGACCCGCUUUGGAUAUAAGCAACAUUGAUAUGCAAUCUUUAUAUACCGGAUCAAAUGAGGAGAUUUGGUUCUUUUUAAUUCACUGGGAUAUAGAAAUCCAGUCUGUACCAGGAAUUAAGAGUGUAGUCGCUGCACAAAAAGCUGUGCGUGACAAAAUCAAGAACUACUCUGCGCAUGCUUGGUCGUUUUACAAGCAACUAUUCAGAAAUUAA